AUGUCAAAUAUUUUUGUGUUCGACGACAAAAUCGAGUUGGCCGAACAUUGUUUUCGGGAAGCGAACAAAUCACGGAGGUCCUCGUCGAAAUGUCAACAUCGUAACAAGUCGAUUAUAAAUUUGCCGUGGAGACUUGCUAUCAAAAUACCCAAGAUUCCCAAAUUCCUAUCGUUCGAUGCAAGAAUGUCGAGAAAUGCAAGAGUCAUCAUGUCGGUCAUCCGAACUCGGACUCUUCAAGAAGUCUUUGAAGAGUCUAAAAUGGUGAUUUCGCAACUGACUGAAGAGGAAAUCCUUGAAUUCAAAGAAGCCUUUUUGCUGUUUGAUAAGGAUGGUAAUGGAACGAUCUCGAUCAAGGAGCUCGGAGUCGCAAUGAGAGCUCUCGGGCAGAACCCAACAGAACAACAAAUGCUCGAAAUCAUUCAAGAUGUGGAUUUGGAUGGAAACGGCCAAGUCGAAUUCCCCGAGUUUUGCGUCAUGAUGAAGAGAAUCAUGAAAGACACAGACAGGGAAAUGAUUCGAGAAGCAUUCAAAGUGUUCGAUCGCGAUGGCAACGGGGUCAUCACUGCUCAAGAAUUCAAGAUUUUUAUGAUCAACAUGGGAAUGUGUUUCGACGAGGCUGAAGUUGAGGAAAUGAUGCGAGAGGUCGAUUGCGACGGCAAUGGAGAAAUCGACUAUGAAGAGUUUGUUAAAAUCUUUACCUAA